GUAAGCAACAGUGCCACGUCACCAGCGCCCCGCCACCAUGACGGGCGCAGCUCCAGGCAUGCAAGGCCAACUGGCCAAGGAGUCUCUUGUCGACUACAAACAGCGUUUCCAGGCUCAGAUCGCUCUUAUCGAGGCUGAGGAACAGCGCCAGCUGGCAGCCGAGGCUGCCCGCCUACAAGCUGAAGCAGCAGCAACAACUGAGAAGCAGCGGCUACAAGCCGAAGCAGAUGCAGACACCCAGGCACGCCCCAAGCAGGCCCAGGUUCUGCUGCAGCGGCAUGAAGCGGCCAGCAUCGACAGACUCAAGUUCUGGCACUUUGAACCGGUCAACGGCGACGACGCGACACCGAAAGAGCAGCAUAACGAGUUCCUCUCCAAACUCGUGACACGGUUGUCGUACACUUGCAACUACCAACAGUCCGAGUUAGAGAAACAAAACCAGGAACUGCAGCAACAGUACCAGGAUUUGAAGACACAGCACCAGGAGUUGGUGAACCUCCGUCGGAUGGUGCAGAGCCACGAGGAUGCUACACGGGCACUCAAUUCCCGUGUACUGGACCUGGAGCAAGUUGUACCAGGACCAGAUGCUGCCACCCACGGCGUCGACGUCGCAGAUCUGAAGGACAAGAUCACAUGGGAAGAGUUAACACGGUUGUGGAAGAAGCGGUUCAUCGUCGACGACGCACCAACACUAGCCAUCAACUGUCUCUUCACCAUGUCUCAGGGCAACACAGCAACAUGGGACUGGCUCACGGAAUGGCAGAAGAUCGCGGCAGUGCCCGAUCUGGACUUACCAUUCACGCAUCUACGCCGUGAGUUCUACAACAGGUCAUGUGCUGCACUGAGCCAGACACUUGGUGAUCGCGAGCAAUACACCACCUUCGCUGAGAUCAUUGAUAAGGCAAGGGAGAUCAUCAAGACCAACAGGUCAGCCACACACGAGAAGUCAACGUGGCAGCCGACCUAUGUGGAGAAGGUGAGAACUGGUCCGCGGCAGCAGCAGUUCGCUGCAGUCCAAUUGGACAACUCUGUGGAAGACCCGGCAGCCACGCAAGGGUCACGUGAUGAAGAUCAGGUGGCUGCUGUCCAGCCGCAAAGCAACAACAAACCCCGAGUAAACGGAAAGGCGAAAUCAGCAUCGCCGGCCGAAAAUGGGCAGCCAGCACCACCAUGGGUCAAGUUCGGCUUGACCGAGGCCGAGUACAAGUACCGCGGCCUUUGCCGACGCAGCAAACCCUGCAACCGCAAUCUCUAUAGCGAGUUACGCCCGAUGCCUAUCCCACGGGAACCCGGUCUCUCAAUUGCCAUGGACGUCACCGGUCCGUUCCCUCACGACCGGCUCGGGCACGACGGCAUCCUCACGGUUGUGGACCGAUUGAGUAAGUACGUGMGUUUUCUUCCUUGCAAGUACUACUCCACGGCUCCCGAGCUGGCACGCCUCCUGCACACCGAUUGGAUUUGUGGUCACGGUGUACCGGAAGACAUAGUCGACGACCGCGACACUCGCUUCAUGUCGGCAUUUUGGACUGCUCUCAUGCAGGAGUCCAUCACGAAGAUGAAACCAAGUUCGGCUCGGCACCCACAGACGGACGGGCAAACGGAGCGGGCACAUCAAACCGCUCAAAUGAUGCUUCGUACGCUUAUCCGUCCGGACCAGAAGGAUUGGGUUGACCGCCUCCCCGACAUCGAGUUCGCCUACAACACUUCGGUGCACCCGGCGAUCGGCGUGACUCCAUUCGAUUUGCACUACGGUGGACGGAAAGGCCGUAUCUUCGCCGACCUUCUCCUCCCUCAACCAACCGACAUGGACGCCGCUUGCUCUCCCGCUUCCGUCCGGAAGUACAGGGAAUUGCUGACUUAAGCCCGCGCGAACAUGCAAAAGGCUAAAGUCCGCAUGCAGCAGCAAGCCAACAGGCGUCGCGUGUCAUGUCCCAUCCGCGCUAGUGAUCUGGUUUGGGUCUCCGCGGAAGAGUUUGCACUGGAACAGGAUGUUUCACGCACAACAAAAAAAUUCCCAUGAG